AAUGACCAAUCGACCGAUAAGGUCAGUUAAUCGCGUAUAUGGUACAUGUACUCGCACCUCUCCACCUUAUGAUACAUCAGAUCAAUUCCAUGCAAUCCAUCAUGGCGGGAACUACAGCUUUGAGAGUGAAGCUUGCAUUCGUAGCAGUCGUCUCCUUGGCUGUUGGGAUAAUCUUUGUGCAGUUUGCAGCUGACGGAGAGAGACAGCUAUGGCAAAGACUUGUGUCAGGGCUGCUCGGAACGAUAAGUAUACUGCUUGCCGUGCUAUCGCUAUGGAUGGCCUCACUACAGAUAGCGUAUGGGCAUGGCCUAAAAUCAGCAUACACCCAGGUCUUUAUUAUGUCAGUGAUGUUAUUUAUCCGCAAUCGAAAGGUUAGCAGAUGUGAGGAAGCUUGGAAGAACCCCCGAAAAACACAGGAAGAAUAUUUGAAAGCCAUCCUCGAGGUAAACAUCAACACGGAAUACGUGAAACUUUAUGGACUUGAUUCUGUGACGUCUUUGAGGGACCUUAGAGAGAAACACCCUCUGACAACUUAUGAACGUUACAGACCAUUCGUAGAUCGCAUGGCUAAAGGUGAGCAGGGUAUCAUGACAGGAGAACAAACUAUAAGAUUUGCUCUUACUUCUGGAACUACGGGAAAGUCAAAGAUGUUGCCAUAUGGUCAAUCCUUUCUGACUAUACUAUCCACACUUUAUAUGGUAAACAUCCACGCCCGUGUUAACGCAUUCGGUUAUGGUAGUCUCCUUCAACGAGAAAUAAACGUGUAUACAGCACCAAAGAGGAGAUAUACAGAGACCGGGAUUCCCAUCGGUCCUGCAUCCAUGAUACCCCCUUCGAUGAAACCUCUGCUAGUGAUCUACGCCACACCAGGCGAAGGUUUCCAGGUUGAAGAUCCUAACGACGCCCUCUACGUUCAUCUUCUUUUCGGCCUUCGCGACCCAAACCUCCGGUCCGUUAGCUGUAACUUUACAUCCACCGUGAUGUCUGCCAUGCAACUGAUUGAGAAACGUUGGCCCGACUUCGUUCGUGACAUCGAGAUCGGAACAGUGUCGACGAACAACGUUCCUCCAGAGAUUCACCAAGUACUUGUCAGAGAGAUGGGUGAGGGAGAUCCGGAACGUGCGGCAGAUCUGAAGAGAGAAUUCGAGAAGGGAUUCGAAGGCAUACUGAGAAGAGUAUGGCCCUGCUUGAAAUUUGUGCAAGCCAGCGAUACUGUGGGUAUAAAGCAAAAACUGCUGAAAUCAUAUUUGAAAGGUGUAACGUUAUUUAGUCGCGCCCUAGGUGCUACUGAAGGUGUCAUCGGUAUCAACCUUUGGCCUCUGCAGGAGAAAGACGAAUUUGUUCUCAUGCCAUCUCUUGGCGUCCUCGAAUUCAUUCCCGAAAACGAGAUGCAUGAGGAUCAGCCGAAGACACUCUUCAUUGAUGAACUCGAGGUCGGAGGCCUGUACGAGAUCGUCAUCACACAGACAUUCGGUAUCUAUCGGUUCAGAUAUGGUGACGUCAUCAGGGUUAGGCGUUAUCACUUGAAUACACCUGUAGUUGAAUUCAUGUAUAGAUCAGGCCAGAUGCUCAACGUAAAAUAUGAGAAACUUGAUCAAAGCAUUGUGAAGGAAGCCAUAGAGGCUGCAGUAAACCACUGGUCUAAUUUCAGCCUGGAUGAUUAUGCUGUAGCAGAAAGCUUUCUCUUGGAUAAUCAUGACAAAGAUGACGCUGACCAUCGCCCAUUCUACGUGGUGUUUCUUGAGAUUUCCCCUACACCUGAUGAAGUUUCCUCUGCUGACAUCUCGCUCAAUAAGGUCGAUGAAGAGCUCCGUCUGCAUUCUAACACCUACAAUCUGUUCCGAGAGCAAGGAAGUAUAGCCCCUCCUGAUGUGCACAUCGUCAAACCCGGCACAUUUGAUCGUCUGCAUGAUUUCAUUUUGGCUAACAGCACAACGACUGCAAACCAGUACAAGGUGCCGAGAAAACUCCGUACAAAAGAAACGCUACAGCUCAUGCAAGACAACUCCAGUUACUCCAUGUAAUAAUAAUAAUAAUAAUGUUAAAUUCUUAUAUAGCGCAUAUUACAAAAUUGUCUCUAUGCGCUUAGAUACGAGAGGGAGAGAGAGAGAGAGAGAAGAGAGAAAAGACAUGAACAAUAUUGAGCUUUCACCGUUUAGCAAUUACAAUUAUCAAAUCAAUUACAAAAUUCACAUGUUUACUAUAUAAAUUUAAAUUUAAGACUGGCAUGAUCGAAACAGAUAUGUUUUUAAG